CUCUAAGAACCCCUGGAAGCAAGGAAAAUCUCGCUCAACCUGCAACCAUGAAAUUCUCCGUCAUCGCCGUCCUUGUCGUUGCUCUGGCCAUUGGCUCUGAGUCAGCUUCUCUGGUCAAGAGAGAUGCUCCUGCUGAGCUGGAUAAGAUCACUAAGUACUUCCAGGAUCUUGUGGACAACCUGAAGAACAUCGAGGGCACUGAGCUGGCCAACAAGGCCAACGUUUACUUUGAGCAGAGCAGAGCCCAGCUCCAGCCCAUGGUUGAGAAGCUCCAGGAGCAGCUGAAGCCCCUCUCCAGCAACAUUGAAGACCACAUCAAGCCUCUGGCCGCCUCCGUCCAGGCUCAGGUCGCCCCCCUGGCCGGCUUGGUCCAGACCCAUGUUGAAGAUGUCCUCAAGUUUGUGGCUGACCAGACUAAAGCCAUCCUGCCUCCCCAGUAAAACCAUUCCUUAGUUCUUUUCCAUUAUGACA